CGUGGGGCGGGAUUAGCAUGUCAGCCACUUCCUGGUUCGCAAUGCUCAUGGAUGCUGAACAUCUUUCUCACGAUAGGUCAGUAAAAGUAGAUAUAAAACAGAAAGAUUUAUUAUAACUGCAGUUUAGUUUCUGGGACGACGCCGCGAUGGGUUUGCUGACGAUUUUGAAGAAGAUGAAGCAGAAGGAGCGGGAAAUGAGACUGCUGAUGUUAGGUCUGGACAACGCGGGGAAGACCACCAUCCUCAAGAAGUUCAACGGAGAAGACAUCAGCACCAUCUCCCCAACACUGGGCUUCAACAUCAAGACGCUGGAGCACAAAGGGUUUAAGCUGAACAUUUGGGAUGUAGGCGGUCAGAAGUCUCUGCGCUCCUACUGGAGGAACUACUUCGAGAGCACAGACGGGCUGGUGUGGGUGGUGGACAGCGCAGACAGACUCCGACUGGACGACUGCAGGCAGGAGCUCAGUGCUCUGCUGCUGGAGGAGAGGUUAGCUGGAGCAACGCUGCUGGUGUUUGCCAACAAACAGGAUCUACCAGGAGCGCUGUCCAAAGAGGCAAUAAGAGAGGCGCUGGCUCUGGAUAAGAUUAAAACUCAUCACUGGUGUAUCAUCGGCUGCAGCGCAGUCACCGGAGAGAACUUGUUAGACGGAGUGGACUGGCUGUUAGACGACAUCGCUGCCAGGAUCUUCACCGCUGACUGAACGCGUCAUAGUUUCUUUUUAGACAGCUGCUUCUCAUGUGGUGAGCUCUGACAUGAUCCCAGGCUCAUCACUGGACUGAAGGAUCAUACAGCCCAGCUGUUCUGUCUCAUCUGCUGCAGUGACAUACAGAUCAGUACUGUCUGCAUCUGAUCACAGCAGUCACUCCUGGCUUUUAUGUAAAGUGAUUUAAUGUUUGUUUUGAUCAAGCACUUCGCUCACAUUUGUAUCUUGGGUACAUCAAGCUGUCAGCUGAUUUGUGCCUCACAUUAGUGUUAUUGAAUAAAUUCAAAUGCCUGAACUCUGUGCAACUCUGUAGAUCCACCAGGACAUUUUCCAACAUGUUGUGUACUUGUAGUUCAUUUUCAUAAAUGCAGUUCUUUUAGUGGCAAUGAUU